GCUAGCAAUCCGUUGAAGCAUGAUACAUGUACUUUUAAGUUUCCAGAUUCCUCGUUGACAGAAGUGUCUUUCAAUGAGUCAUCUCUUUGAACUACCGCCUAAACAACAACAUCCUGCCUGUUUACCAGUUUGGUAUACAUGUAUGCUACCUCAAUAACUUAGUCCUAUAUCAAUUGAUUUUGUUUUCUCGACUUACAGUACCAUGUCUCCAGUUGACUUUGAUUUUAGGGUAUUCCGAAUUUCUGCCUUUAAAUGGUAUAUGAUUUAGAUUAAAUAACUUUCGAUUAGUUUUCUUGACACGUGGGAAGGAAUUUCUUUGUCUAAUGCGUAUUUCGCCAUAAGAUUUGUUUCGAGAAGAAUACAUUUCUUCUACUCUGACAAAAUUCGAUUUUUGAUACUUUCCCGUGUUUACCCAAAGGCAGCAACGAGUUUUUACGGCGUAACAGCAAACGGCUUAACAGCAAAAGGCUGUUUAACCAACAUCCAAUAAAGAUGCUGUGCCAGUAGAUACAACCUGAAACUCAUUGACUUGUCGUUCAUGAUUGGGGACAACGGGCUUCAGUAAAAACUCGCCUACCAAAAGAUCUUCUCGCCAGAGGAGAAAACGUAAAGAACGACUACCAAUCGAAACUCGCCAGGAGUGUAAGUGAUGAUGGAAGAAAACGAUUUGACGUCUGUCGCGUGCCUGGUGUAAUGAUGCUUUAAGUUCCUCCACGUGCCGGUCGACCUUCAUUACAGACGUGGCCUAGCAAAACAAGAUCACGGACACGCCGUGGAAAUAGAUGUUAGGAUCUACGGUUGUUGAUGAGAGCAGCGGACAGUAUUGGAGUUGCGGUAUUUAUAUGACAUUGCAGCAGCACAUCUUCAGAACGAAAGGAACACAGAAGUUAGAGACACUUAGUGUUUAUUAUGAAAGACAGUCUUCACGAUUUGAUAACUUGAUGAACAUUGUGCUUGGACUAACAUGCGAACUCUUGCUAAUUGUAAUUUGAUUUUACAUAUUGAUGGGUCUGUAAGAGUAGAGGUAACAAAUCGAUCCGUCCCUACUAUAUUCCCACUUUAAAAUUACGAGAGUUACAGGCAUCAAUGUUUCAACUGCCAUCCUUCCCCUCAGAGUAAUGCUAUGAUAAAGUGUAGAUAAUUGAUAUUUAUCUACUCUAUUCCUUAAAACCUUUUUGUUUCAUAAAACCUUUAAAAUGUCUCAUUUACAUCGGCAGCGCAAGGCCGAACUUGAAGCUGAGAUACAGCAGAUAAGAAGUGUAAUAGGGAAGUUAGACAAAGGGAUUACGACUGCAACAAAGGUGAGUGAGUACGAACAGGGGCUUCGAAGAUCAGGCCGGAUCCAGAAGUUGAGUGAAAAGGCAAGGCAAAAUCGUGAAGCUGAAUGCACCAAGAAAUUCUGGUAUGUAUAUCAUAGAUUAUACCCACAGGUCCUAACAGCUGAAGAAGACUUAAGGGAAGAACAUACCUUAGAUUCGUUGAGGCUAGUUAUUGAUGAAUUAAUUAGCCGACGAGAUUAUUUUGAAUCUACUUGCCUAGAUUUAAGAGAUGUUUUAGUGGAACCCCCUGCCGCUGAUAUUUCGCAGGCUAGGGACACACUUCUUUCAGUAAUUAACAGGGUCAUCCGAGAGGCUGAACGGAUGAUGAAGGAUGAGAUGAGCAGGAAGGCCCCAUCUGUUGACUUGGCUUCCUUACACCGACGUUCGCCAUUGCCCCUUACUACAACAAAGGAGGACAGGGACGAGCCUCAGACUGAAGAAGAGAAAGACGCAAGUUCAAGAAGCUCAGUAUCGAGCCACUCUAGUAAAUCUCGCAGAAGCAGCGCCUCCUCCACCUCAUCCAGAAGAAGAGAUGCUGCAGCCAGGGCUGCCGCCCUCAAAGCCGAACUCCAAGGACAAACAGAAGCUGCAAGAAAGGAAGAAGAGCUGAAGGCAAUGGAGAUCGAGGAGAUGAAGCGGCGAGCAGAAGCCGAGGCAAGAAUGAUGAAACGACGUGGAGAACUCGAAAUGCAAAGGAUCGCGCACAAGCUUUCUAUAGAAGAAGCAAAGCUAAAGGUCUAUGAAAAGCAGGAUCUCACCAUUGAUGAAAGCCCCCCGACGAUUUCCUUUCAUGGGAAUGAAGACCAAAUGAACGAAGACGAAGGACUGUCGGAAAACAGUGAUGUCAUCCUGCAAGACAACAAAGAGCCCAUCACUGAAAGAAUGGUAGAGACAACCAAGCCCAAGCCUGACCCUAGACUCACGCCCGAAGCCAAAGUUUUCACACCACUUCCUCAGCCGGCUCAGCCUGUUCAGCCAGUACAUGUAGGCUCAGUAUCGAACAACGAACUGUUGACCAUGACAAGGGCUCUGGCAGAAUCGAUGCAGUUAAAUCGCCUCCCAGUGCCAGAACCAUCGAUAUUUACAGGGGACCCACUCCUGUAUCCCGACUGGAUCGCAUCCUUCAAGUCACUAGUGGAGUCCAGAGGAAUUCCAGCCCAGGAGCGCAUUCAUUUUUUGAAACGCUAUUUGGGCGGUCCAGCUAAAGAGGCCGUAGGAGGUUACUUCCUCCUGAAAAGUGAGCAGGCCUACGAAAAAGCCAAGAAGACCUUAGAAGAACGGUUUGGCAACGCUUUUACCGUUACGGAACAUUUCCGCAAGAAACUUGACGAUUGGCCGAAGAUCAAUGGCAGAGACAGUGAGGCUCUGCGCAAAUUUUCGGAUUUCUUAUGUCAAUGUGAAGUAGCCAUGAUUGACAUCAAGGAAUUGUCCGUCCUGAAUGAUGUCAGAGAAAUUAAACGACUGUUGUCAAAAUUACCAGAGUGGAUUGUUAAUCGCUGGAAUCGUAAGGCUGCCCAUGUAAAGGCAGCAGUAGACAAGUAUCCCGAUUUCCCGGCAUUUUCCAAAUUCAUUCAUGACGAAGCCGAAAUUGCUUGUGACCCAAUGACGUCUAUAGGUUCGCUCAGAAUUGCUUCUGAAAAGGAUAGGACCAAAGAGAUCCACCCCAAGAAACGGAGUGUCCUGGCCACUGGAUCAAACGAAGAGAAGCAAGGCCCUCCACCGAAAUUCGACAAAGCCUGCCCAGUCUGCAAACGCCAAAAUCACGCCCUGAAAGACUGCACUGUUUUUGCAAAGAAACCGUUGCAAGAAAGGCAGGAGUUUGUAAAGAAAAAUGGUUUGUGCUAUGGCUGCCUCAGCCAUGGGCAUAUGUCCAAGUCAUGUACCGCGCGCAGCACAUGCAAAACGUGCAAUAAGAAGCACCCGACCUGUCUCCAUCAGGAACGAACUGAUUUGAAGGUUAAGGAUGCUCAGGAAAAGAAAACCCAAGGUCCUGAAGCAUCAGGGUCCAACCAUCGUUGUAAGACAGAAACUACAAAGUAUGACAGGGAUCAAAUUUCAUCUAUGAUUGUCCCUGUCUGGGUAUCUAGCCAUGAUAACCCAAAUUGUGAGGCUCUAGUUUACGCCUUACUGGACACGCAGUCAGACACAACAUUCAUCCAGGAUUUGACAGCGGGGAAGCUGAGGACGCAGUCACAACCUGUCACCCUAAAGCUGACGACCAUGACUUCGCGGAGUGAGACUAUUCAAUGCCACAGGUUUCAGAACUUGAAAGUUCGUGCAUACCAUUCAAGCAAUUGGAUUUCGCUGCCAACGACCUAUUCGCGUGAGCUUAUCCCAGCCGAUGUGUCGCACAUCCCGACACCCGAGGUCGCAAGAAGAUGGCAACAUCUAAAAGGGAUAUCUCAUUAUCUCCUUCCGUUACAGGAAUGUGAGAUAGGACUUUUGAUUGGCUAUAACUGUUCCCAGGCAUUGGCUCCUCGACAGUCUGUUACAGGAACAGGAAAUGAACCCUUUGCUGUCCAGACAGAUCUCGGCUGGAGCAUCGUUGGCUGUACAGACAAUAAGGACACCUGUGAAGAUGCGCUUGGACUCACCAAUCGAGUCAUUACUCACACCGUUCCAGACACAUUAAGACCAGCAAUCGCAAUUUCAUCGCCAUCUGAAGUCCGAUUUGUCUACAAGACGACAAUCAAAGAAGUGGUCAGCCCAACCGUUCUGAAUCUCCUGGAAUCGGACUUUGUUGAACAGAAAGAACAGAACGCGUCCAAGAUGUCCCAGGAAGACCUUGACUUCCUGAAGAUAGUGUCGGAUGGAAUUUGCCAUCAAGAGGACGGCCAUUAUUCCAUGCCACUUCCUUUCAAAGGAUCGAGACCGGCACUACCCAACAAUAGGUUUGUGGCAGCCAAAAGAGCCAGUAGCCUUAAACGCAGAUUUGAAGCCGAUCAGAGAUAUUUUGAUCAUUAUAAAUCCUUCAUGGAGGAUAUUUUGAAGCGAGGAGACGCCGAGGUGGUACCAGCCACUUACUCAAACCCAGGCCACACUUGGUACAUACCGCACCAUGGGGUGUACCACCAAAGAAACCUGGGAAAAUCCGAGUAGUAUACGACU